ACUGAAACCAAAGAAGCAGGAAUCUGCAGCUUUGAAGACUUCCAGGUUGUGUUCAUCUUUGAUGGUCUGGAUGAGUGUCGACUUCCUCUGGACUUCACCAACACUACAAUCCUAACUGACCCUACAACGUCCACCUCAGUGGAUGUGCUGCUGAUAAACCUCAUCAGGGGGAAACUGCUUCCCUCUGCUUGCCUCUGGAUAACCACACGACCUGCAGCAGCCAAUCAGAUCCCUGCUGACUGUGUUGAUAUGGUGACAGAGGUCAGUGGGUUCACUGACCCACAGAAGGUGGAGUACUUCAGGAAGAGAUUCAGAGAUAAGGAGCAGGCCAGCAGGAUCAUCUCCCACAUCAAGGCAUCACGAAGCCUCCACAUCAUGUGUCACAUCCCAGUCUUCUGCUGGAUCACUGCUACAGUUCUGGAGGAUGUGCUGAAUCUGCUGCCCAAGACCCUGACUGACAUGUACAUCCACUUCCUGGUGGUUCAGGCCAAAGUGAAGGGCAAGUAUGAUGAAGGAGCUGAGACAGAUACACACUGGAGUCUAGAGAACAGGAAGAUGAUUGAGUCUCUGGGAAAACUGGCUUUUGAUCAGCUGCAGAAAGGAAACCUGAUCUUCUAUGAAUCAGACCUGACAGAGAGUGGCAUCGAUAUCGGAGCAGCCUCAGUGUACUCAGGAGUGUUCACACAGAUCUUUAAAGAGGAGAGAGGACUGUACCAGGACAAGGUGUACUGCUUCAUCCAUCUGAGUGUUCAGGAGUUUCUGGCUGCUCUUCAUGUCCAUCUGUCCUUCAUCAACUCUGGACUCAAUCUGCUGGAACAAACAACCUCCUGGUGGCCAACUUUAAGUAAACCAGGCCUACCAUCUCUCCACCAGAGUGCUGUGAACAAGGCCUUAGAGAGUCCAAAUGGACACCUGGACAUGUUCCUCCGCUUCCUCCUGGGUCUUUCACUGCAGACCAAUCAGACUCUCGUACAAGGUCUGGUGACACAGACAGGAAGUAGUUCACAGACCAAUGUAACAGUCCAGUUCAUCAAGAAGAAGAUCAGUGAGAAUCUGUCUGCAGAGAAAAGCAUCAAUCUCUUCCACUGUCUGAAUGAACUGAAUGAUUGUUCUCUAGUGGAGGAGAUCCAGCAGUCCCUGAAAUCGAAAAGUCUCUCCACAGAUAAACUGUCUUCUGCUCAGUGGUCAGCUCUGGCCUUCAUCUUACUGUCAUCAGAAAAAGAUCUGGAUGUGUUUGACCUGGAGAAAUACUCUGCUUCAGAGGAGGCUCUUCUGCGGCUGCUGCCAGUGGUCAAAGCCUCCAACAAAGCUCUACUGCGUGAUUGUAACCUCUCAGAGAAAAGCUGUGAAGUUCUGUCCUCAACUCUCAGCUCCCCAUCCUGUAACCUGAGAGAGCUGGUCCUGAGUAACAACAACCUGAGUGAUACAGGACUAAAUAUGCUGAAGAGUUCAAACUCUACAAUUAUCAGGGAGGGGCCUGCUAGAGUCCGAUGGUUGAGACCAGGUCUGAGGAAGUAUUCCUGUCAACUCACAAUCGACACAAACACAGUACACACAAACCUCAAACUGUCUGACAACAACAGGAAGGUGACACGUGUGGAGGAGGUUCAGUCAUAUCCUGAUCAUCCAGACAGAUUUGAUGUUCUUCCUCAGCUGCUGUGUACAAAUGGUCUGACUGGUCGCUGUUACUGGGAGGUCGAGUGGACAGGAAGGGUUGAUAUAUCAGUGAGUUACAAAAGAAUCAGAAGGAAAGGAGACAGUACUGACUGUAUGUUUGGAUUUAAUGAUCAGUCCUGGAGUCUGUGCUGCUCUGAUGAUGGUCCUCAAAUUGCCAAACACAAUCAUAUGGAAACAUCCAUCAUCUCCUCCUCCUCCUCCUCCUCUGUCUCUAACAGAGUAGCAGUGUAUGUGGACUGUCCUGCUGGCACUGUGUCUUUCUACAGAGUCUCCUCUGACAUUCUGAUUGAGCUCCACACCUUCAAAACCACAUUCACUGAACCUCUUUAUCCUGGAUUUACACUCCAGGCUUCUUUAAAGGGAUCAGAAGUUCAAUAUGGUUCAGUGUGUCUGUGGUGAGUUGAGUAUAAAGAGUAUCCUCUAGUUUGAGAAACGCUCUGACUGUUGAACAGAUAGUUGAGUGUGUACAUCUCUUUCACCCAGAAAACUGUUUUCAGAUUCAUGGAUUCAGUCAGUUGAUGUUUUAAACUGUUCUAAAUGAUUCCUUGUAAACGUGUAAUCCUCUUCAGUCCUUUAAAGAUGGAAGCUAUGAUCAUUCCAGGAUGUUUUUUUUUCUAUUUUUGCCAUUUAAAGCUUCACAGUGAAUAUCAAUAUUGUUAUAUAUAAUAGUGAAUGAUAGCGAUUUUAGAUGUGUAGACAGUGUAGAAGCUUCAAGGUGAAGAAACACUAAGUCCGAUGAUAAAAUGGGCACUUAGGACCACUUGAGACAAAACAAUAUCUGGCAUCUUAAUCAGGGUUUCAUUUAACAGUCACUAAGACAACAGGCUAUUAGGUGAGAGGUAAGGGAAUAGCAAAAAUCAUUUAGUACAUGUGUAGUAGGAGACUUUGUAGUAGGAGACUGUUGGUGCUUCAGGCUGGGACCCGCCUGAAGCACCAACAAAGUGAGAAUUAAGUUAAAACAAUGAUUCUCAUCAGUUUUCACCAGUCAGAUAGAUGUGUUUCUCUGUUUCUCUGUAGCUCUGUUCACAACCAGCCCCUCUGCAUUUUCAACAAGUCUAAGCUCUUUAAAAAUAAUCCAAAUGUUUGAUUUCUCUUUCUUAAUGUGAUUUUUCCAAACUCUCCACGUGUUCUUACUGUUUCACUCAUUUGAAAAUGUUUCAGCCAAAGAAGCUGAAAAUAGUGGCUCAAUUGUUUUUUUAAUGCAGUUAUAACCAGAAUAUGAGUGUAUUCAGGGGUCACAGUGCUUGUGUCUUAUCUAAUAAGCAGCAAACGCUUCAAUCCUAGUCUUAUGUUUUUCCCAUGUUGAACAACCACAUGGUGCAGGGUGUUGGUAACAGCUUGGUUAUAAAACUCGUAGAAACAUGUAAAUAUGUGUGUAGCACAGAGCACUGCAUAUGUUGUCUAUCACUGUUGUCAAUCUAGUUGGCAUGAAAUAAAAAUAAUAAAAAUCAUCAUAAGCUGAACUUUAAA